CUAUACAUGACAGCCAUAGGUAAGGACGUGUGACGUUGACAUCUGACGCACUGUUGUAGUUCUUGCUGGACGCAUUUGGGGGGAAAAGGAAAGUGUGUGAAAAACAUUGUAGGAAAAGAAGUACAAUAGACGAUCUUUGUUUUAGACACAGCGCUUGACCUAACAGGUCGUAUCGUCAGUUAAUGUAAUUUUAGAAUAAAAUUGUAAGUUUUAAGGCGAUAUUUCGGUUUCAAGUUAGUUUUAUUACUUUUCAAUGUAAGUUUUGUUCCGUUAGCGUCAUACUUGGGAAAUACUGCGGAAUUGCAGGUGCUCAUUUUGUGUCUAUUUGGUAAUUAACUGACUACAACACACUGGAAAGUUAAGUUAGCAAUUGCUACAUGGUAUAUGUUUGCUGGAUUUCAGCUAAAUCAUGGUGUAUACUCAGACACACACCUAAUAUUACAAGUCCAUCACUUGUACCUAAAUCCAUCAGUCUAUGGGCCACACCCCGUUUGUUACCAUGGUAACGUGAUGUGCCACCGGUUGAGAGACAAACGCAGUUUAGCAAACAUGACUAACUUUAACAUCUUGUUUUCUCACCUUAGCCUACCCUAACCUUUGUUCAGCGAGGACUAGAGAUGUUAUAACUUAACGUUAAUACUCCUGAAGCAAAUGUCCGGACAUUACUUUGAAGAAAAACCGAACUCUGACGAAGCGGCUGGCUUUGCCGAAGCUAACCGUAGUUUGAAUUUUUGUUAGCUAAGCCGGCUAGCUAGCGAGUACUAACAUAGCAUGUCCCAUUGUUACCGCAAAAUAACGUAAUACUAUUCUUGUAAUUUUGAGUUGGCCAUACUGUCUCUUUGUGGCAUGUAAGCACUGUAAAAGGCCUCUAAACUACUGAGUCAUUGCAAGAGUAAAAUGGAUAAGACAGGGGCCUGCAGCAACAGCCGAAAUACUGUAAGGACAGAUCUCAGUUUGCUGCUUGAGUGUCUGAAGUUUCAGAUGAAAUGUCCUGAUCUACAGAAACAAGCUCUUCUCACCAUUCACUCAAUUUGUGAAAGUAGAGAGGAUAAUGUGGACCUGUUGCGGGAAAUGGGAGGAGUGGCAUUUGUGUACAACCUCUCCAAAUCCAGUAUUGUUCGCUCAGAUGUUAAAGAGACUGCACUCUUUACGCUUGGCACGUUAGCCGAGGCCAAUGUGUAUUGCAAGAAUUCUCUGUGCAGAAAGGAGACAUUUGAAGACCUUGCUGAUAUGAUGAUAAAAGAAGACAUCCCAGUGACACAGAAGAGAGUGUCUGUCUAUUUACUGUCUGUGUUGGUAGCGAACAAUAAAUCAGGACAGACUUUAAGCCAAACCACUGGCUGUCUGGAUAUUCUACUGGACCUCUUUAGGACCACUUCCCCUCUCUGCACAGAGGCUUCUUUGAGAGCAGCUAAUGCUACUCAAACCUACCAACUUUGGGCAUCUGUGUCUAGUGCUCUCUGUGGAUGUGUCAACAACCCUCAGAAUGAGGAUGGUCAGCGUAUUUGUGUAUCAGCCUUUCCCAUAAUUAAAGUCUGGCUUCAGCAGAUUGAUAUGCCACGAACUGAGAUUUUUCAGCCCAUAUGUUCCUUCAUAGCAAUGACAGUGGCCAACAACUCCUGUGUUCAGGAGAGUUUUUCCGCCUCAGGGGGUCUGGAUACUCUCACUCUUUCACUGGUUCGCCUGGCUUCUGCAGCAGGCACAAGCUUUUUGUCUUGCCAGCUUUCUGUCACAAUAUCCAAGACCUUGUCCGCUUGCAUCACAGAGAACUGUGAGUAUCACUCUCAAAAACACAUAUACAUAUAUGUUAACGGUUCACUCAGACAAAUAAAAAGUGUGUCCGUUUCCAUUAACAGUCUAUUCUUUCUAGCUUCUCUGGCUUCGGGUCUGGCUCAGUAUGGUGUGGUUUCUCACCUCUUCUCCCUGCUGGUGAGCCCACACCUGGACCCAGAGGACAGGCUCUCAGUUUUACUCACCCUGGGCCACUGCACCGAGACCUCUGAGGAGCACCAGUCCCAGUUGGUGCAGUGUGGAGGCCUUCCCCUCAUCAUAACCCUCCUCACAGAGGAUACAAGUGAGGAGGUUCGGAAGGCUGCUACAUUCAUAUUGCAGACCUGCAAAAAGGCCACCAUGUCCCUUGGAGUGCCUGGUCUAAUGGCGAGACAGAGGGAGGGUGACAAUAUGGAGCCUCUUAUAAACAUGGAAGGCUUCAGGAGCUCAGCCAGAGAGUUGCUGCGAAGGAUUGACCUGCUAGAGAGGAAACAGGCAAAGGAGGCUGAGGAUGAGCAGGAAGACACAGAUCUAUUAACUCUGACCGAAGGACUGGGCAUGCCAUCUCUCCCUGCAGCAUCACCUUUGCCUCUGCAGCAGGAGAGCAUGAAAACCAUUCCCACAGAAUACAGACAGAACAACACAGUUAAGCAUGUAGAAACAAGGGAUGGCAACAACAAUAAACUUCAAACUGUCAGAAACGUGAUCAAGAAGAAGAGUGACAAUAAACUCAAAACCAGUGGUGGGAGUGUGUGUUGUUCAGUGUGCAAAGGUACUGGAUUCCUAAUGCCUCCCAAUCUGCGACCACUAGAGGGAGCCAGAGAGCCUCACACAGAAGACAAUCAGUUGUUUAUGCCUCCAGCACCAGUGAGACACAGUGUACCAACAGAAAUGAAAUGUACUGAUGAAGAAGAUUUGCAGGACAGUGAGAUGACUAAGGAGGAGCACUCAGUCUCUACUAUCCGGUGCACAGGUUGUGUGUUGCCUUUUGAGGAAGUGACCAGUCGCAAUUUUGAGUCUCUCCAAGGCUCCUGCCAACACAGCUGUGACAUGCACAGGGUUCUCCAGGAGGCCACAGAGCGGUUUAGGACUCGUCGCUGCAACCUUCUGUUCGGGAGAGAGUACCAAGGCAACGCUGUGGAGCACACAGAUCCAGACUCUGAGGGAGUUUUAGCUGCGGAGCCACAGAGAAGUAGGGAAAACUGGAGAGAGGUCAGCCUAACUCCCAUACGUAAAGGAGCAGGGAGAGGCUGCCUGCCAGAACACCACUGGAAGAAGCACAAUGGCAUCACUUUGACCCCAAUGCGCAGAGGAGCUAAAAAUGAGACAGUGACCGGUUCAGGCUUGAUUCCGCUGAAAAGGUCUUGUCUUCCCGAAGAAAGAAGAGGAGGGAAUAAUAGUGGAAAUCGCGUUCUUGACGACGAGCCGAGGGCUGGCGCGGAUCAUUGUUCCACUAAAAGGAAGAGGAAUGACUUCAGCCGUGAGGAGGUAAAUUACCUUCUGAGCGGAGUGAACACUUACGGCCUCUCCUGGAACUCUAUCUUGUGGUCGUACCCCUUCCAGCCUGGACGCACCAAUGUUGACCUGGCAAAGAAAUACAGGAGGCUAAUGAAAGGUAAAGCCCAGGAUUCUGGCUGUGAAUAAUCCUGGUCCUGAGAUCCUAUAAAUAACAGCUUCGACUCUCUUCACACUGUAUUGAUUGAAAAAAGAAGAAGAAGCAAUAUUUACUUCAUAUACUCAUAAUAUAUUGUACUCUCAGUAUUUAUAAAGACUGUUAGUUCUUGGUUAAUAGUUUACACUGUUUUAAAAAUAGUUUUUUUCAGUUUUAAGUGCUUUGAUAGAUAUUGUUAAUUGUUUCUUUUCGUUAUAUUUUUAAAAAUUAAAUUAGUUUGAGAUUGUUACAUUUCUCAGUCAGUGUCGUCUCUGUCAAAGUUGCUCUCGUAUCUGAAACAGACUUUCAGAAACUUUUUUAAAUUAGAAAUAUAGCUGCAGAUGCUAUUUACUUUAUGUUCACAGUACAAAGUCUUAAAUAGAAACCAGUGGGACUGUUUGUGAGGAUCAGUUGUGCCAGAUUUUAAGUGACCUUUGAAGUGUGCCCAUUUCAAAAUCUUGUUUUGCUGUACCACCUAUUGAUGAAUCCUCACCACGCUGUUGCCACAUGUAGGUCUGCUAGGUUUGAUUGCAACAGUACAGUGUGUGGAUGAGUUAUGGCAGUAAAAAGGCCCAGCCCUCAACACCUCGGUAAACAUUUUGUAAUAGUU